AUGAGACUGGCCGUCUAUGAGCUCGUGUUGAGUUUAAUCGUCAGAGUCACUGCAUGCCAGCAGUUUUGGCCUUCUCUUUCCGAAGGACCACAGCUGGCACUCCGAUCACAGCGGGAUGCAAUGAUCAAUAUGAGCAUCGACCAAGUCCCAACAACAGGUAUACACAUCAAUAGCGUGCUUUUGUCGAGUGAGAACGAAACAGUAGCAAUGACCAACCUUGGCAAUCUUCUCCGCGUUGGAGUUCAAGCGUACCAGAUUGAUCUUGAAUUCAACAAGUCUUCUGGAAAUUUGAGCAUUUCAGGCUCAAAUACAAGCUUCAUAUCCGUACUUUCGUCUAUCGACCAGUACCUAGUUGCUAGCAAUAAUUUUUUGAGCGCUAAUAUGCUUGUUUUACUGCUGCGCUUUCCUUCGAACGUCUCUGCUCACCUCCAAAGAAAUAUAAGCCUCCCGAAUAUCACUGCAGAGCUUGAGUAUGGUCUAGGGCUAUCAACCAUAUACACACCAGCUCAGCUUAAUAUAGACCGAUCGGUUGGCCUUACCCAGGGUUAUGAUGGUAAUAGAGACAGAAGUGGCUGGCCCACCUUAGAUUAUUUCCUCUACAAGCUCCAAAAGCGUGCCUUAGUGGCUUACAUUGACUCUAACAUAUCCUCAGCGCUGCCGAGCAGCUUCGUAUUUGGCAGUGGGAUCCUGAGCUACGAGACUACUAAUGCAACGGUAUCCUGUCCGUUGAACGACAACCACAAAUUAACAAGCGUGGCGAGAAAAAGCUGGAGGUUUCUUCAGAUGCGGUAUUCUGCAGGCGAUAUCUACGAAUACGCAGCAUGUGGCUACUCUCCGAUAAUCGAUAAUGAGUAUAAUUCCAGUUCCCUGUCUUCUAUCGCUGGAUUAUUGCAAAACAGUUUACUGUGGUCGUGGGCCUAUAAUGAACCCAACACUUACGAAAGUGUUAAAAGCAAUUCAACCGCACUUGUAGCCAAGCGAUGUGCGGUGAUCCAUUAUACUUCAUCUAAUUCCAGUAUUUACUGGGCUGUCGCCAAUUGCUAUGAAAAAAUGCGUUCCGUCUGCCGACACAAAGACAACACAUUUGACUGGGUGGUCUCUGAGGAUACCGAUAACUAUUUUUCUACACACGAACAAGGAGCAGGAGAUGUCUGUCCCGAGAAUUACACGUUGUCAUUUCCACAAACUCCGCUGCAACAAAUGGCAGUCGGCAACUACCUGGGAUCCUCACACUCAGAAAACCUGGACGCUUGGAUAGACCUUAACUCUGUAUCAGUUCCAGAUUGCUGGGUUCCGGGCGGGCCAUACGCUUCGUGUCCCUACCAAAAGGAUGUGUCUGCACGAAACUUCGUGGCAAUUAUCACACCUACAAGCGUCUUCUCGGCGGUGACAAUUGCUUUAGUUCUAUUUCUUACGUGGCGAAAGGUGCCUAUACAGGACAAUCGAAAGCGUUGGAAGAAAAUUACAGCCUCGCACUCAAAAUCAGAGAAGGAAGGUGUUCCAUCUUAA